UUUCAGCAUUUCGUUGCAUCUACAUAACUCAUAAGAUAUGGCCAAUCUCAUGACAGUUCGUCUGCAGCGUGGCGAUGGACAGGCCUGGGGCUUCCGGCUGCAGGGUGGCAAGGACUUCUCCGCCCCGCUGGUGCUACAGAGAGUUAACGGUGGCAGCGUUGCCGACCAGGCCGGUCUGAUGGCUGGCGAUGCGCUGAUCAAGGUCAACGGAACGGAAGUCUUCAACAUGCGUCACAAGGAGGCCCAGGACGUCAUCGUCGCCGCUGGAAACUCGUUCGAGCUGACGGUUUCGAGAGGUGGUUCGACCUGGAAGCCAUCCGUUACACCGACUGGUUCGCUCCCAUCUCCGUCACCGUCGCUACCUAGUAACAUCACUCCGGUGACGAGAACUUCACUCGCAGCCACACCACAGGAGAUGAAGCCCAUCGGUAGCGGUCACAACACUGCCGCCAAACCGUUUGCUGCUGUGAACGGAAACGAUGGACAAAUCAAGAGCAUUGUCAACAACCAAUACAACACCCCGGUCGGUAUGUACAGCGAUGAAACUAUUGCUGAAACGCUGUCCUCGCAGGCGGAAGUCCUCGCCGGUGGAGUUCUUGGAGUGAACUUCAAGAAGAACGAACGUGUGUACUCGCCGGCUAACUCUGAGGUGUACAAGUUGCUGCACGAACAGGGAGAUGAUCCCGAACCAGAUAGUGUUUACUCUAACAAUUUCCAUUACUCGGUCAAUAAACUCGAAUCAGCUUCAUCGCAUUUCUAUGCCACGCAAAGCCACGCCAUCGGUGGCUAUGCGACGGCCGGACGUCUUCCGGUCGGUUCGCUCGUCCCGGGUGCUCGGCCCCGCGGACCGUCUCCGCUGCCACCGCAGAUGCAGGGCCAAGUACCCCGUCCGCCCAUGCCGAAACCGCCGAUGAUGCAGCCCCAACCGCAGCGUCCAGCACCACAGCCACAGCCUGCACCGAACCAGGCGGCUCCACCGAAGGUUGCUUUCCCUCCGCAACAACAACAGCCACAGCAGCAGCAGCAGCAACAGCAGGCUCCAGCACCGGUACCAGCUCCCGGUCCUGUGCCGGCCCCAGGUUCGGCCUUCCGUCCGGCACCGAAUACCGCUCCGAGGUCCGGUAUUCCACCGAAGGUUCACAGCGAGGGCCACAAGACCGGCGUGCAGGCCAUCUCUGCUGCACUCAACGCUCAUGCCAACUUGAACGGCCGCUCGCAGUCACCGUACGGCAGUAAUGUAAGUGCCACCGUCGGCCAAUCGCCGUCUCAUUCGCGAUCGAGCAGCACGACGUCGUCGAGCGGCUAUUGCAACUCGAGCUCGUUAUCGCCGGUGCAAUCGAACAAGGUGUCCCCGUUGCAUUCGCGCACCAGCAGCGAAAACGAGCUGAUCGAUCGCAGCCACAGCAGCAACAGCAACAGCAGCACAUUCGAGCUUACUGGCCAACCAAACCCAGCGUACCCAGCUAGCCCAUCGUCCCCGCUACCACCGCCACCACCACCACUACCGAUGGAGGAAAGUGCCACACCGCGAACGCUCCAGCCGGAGGGGGCCAACGGGUCAGCCGAACCACAGCUGGUGUUCGGUGCCAAUGGGUUGGCCGCCCCUGCUCCGGAGCAGGGCGAAACGCAGCCGGAUGCGGGUGGGUCCGAGAGUGGAACGGUUACGCAAAACGAGUUUGGAUUCUACUACCAGACGAUGGGUGGACGUGUGAUCCGGAGUGUACUCCCACCGGGAAAGAACUCCACCUACAAGGUGAACCAGAACAACAUUACGCCGAAGCCGUUUGGUGCUCCACUUCCGGUGAGCCCACUGGCCCAGGUUCAGCCACCGGCCUCCUAUCCACCGGUCGCCGGCAGCGUGCCGACCCCAUUCUCGGCCGCCCUGGUCGGUGCUCAGGCACCGGCCCCAGCACCGGUUGCGGCUCCGGCACCGGCACCGGCCCCGUUGGCAGCACCAGCCCCGUUGGCAGCCCCAGCCAUGACACCGGCGUCCGUGCCAACUCCACAAGAUGGUAACGAAGAAAACUCUGCCGAGGCAGAAGAAAAGGCUGAAGAAGAGGAAGAAGAGGGCGCACGGGAAAGGAGCGAAUCGCCUGCUCCAGUGUUUGCCUGGCCUCCGAAGCCAGAAGUCGUGGACACGAUUCCAACGGCAACACCGAUCUAUAUACCACCGCCGGAAACGCAGCGUGUCGUUAUCAAACCAAUCACCGUCGUGCCACCGAUGAAGGUGAAAGAAAAAUCGAAAACUCCACCGGAUGGGCCACAGGAGCAGCAGAGCAAGCAGAGUAAGUCCGCGCCGGAAUUGAGCCACCGGGCAGGACCGGAAGAGCAGCAGCAGGAUGAGGAAGACAUGUCAGACUCGUUCGGUAUGACAACGACCACCACCACGACAACGGCAAACUCGGCCUCGUCCGAGGAGUACCGCAUGUACCAGACGCAAACGUCUCAACCGAUCGUGACGUACUACGAAACGCCGCAGUACGAGCUCGAGAAUCCGUUCUCGUCCGGACAGCGUAGCGCACAGGCAAGUACGGGCGCAAUGUCCGACGCAUCCUACACGCACUUCGUCUUUCGCGAUCCUCCACCAGAGGAGGAGGAGGAGGAAGAGGCAAUAGUGGAGGAACCAUCGGAAGAGCAGCCGGUAGCAGCGCCCUCCGCCGACACCGAACGUCCCCAGAAGCGCGUCGAGUUCGUCGACUAUGGUCGUGAGCUGGAGCGUUACGUGCGCGCAGAGCAGGAGAAGGAAGCGCGGCGUCGCGCACUCGAGGCCGAGAUGGCAGAAGCGGCCAAACGGAAGCAGGAGGAACCACCGCACUACACGCUACCCUCGAUUCCGUCGGCCGAACCGCCCCACCUGCCACCCUCGGCCAUCCCUAACCCAACACCGAAACAGUGGCAAUCGGCGCUGGUACAGGCGCUGUGCGUUGCUCCACCCGACCCAAUCCACCUGACCGCGGAACAGAUCGAGGAGGCGAAUUUUAUGCGCUCCCGGAACGAGGCGUACCGGCGCGAGCAGGAGGAGACGAAGAUGCGACAGCUAGAAGCGCUGCGGCGGCAGGUCGACGCACUCGAGCGACGGCUCGGCAAGCAACCGGAACCGGAACCGGAACCGAUACCUGUCGGGCCGCCGCUUGAGGUGCCGCGGAAGGGUGAGGUGAUGGCGAAGCUGCUGGCCACGUCGACCACCCGCUCGCAGCGCUUCCCGCCGCACUACGUACCGGUGGUGCCGCUGCCGGCCGAAACUCAACCCUACUUUCCGCCUCCCCACUCGAUGGAACCGAUCCGGAGCGAGAAGAUAUCAUCCAUGCGCAACGAGUCACCGUUCGUCGAGGCUCUUAAGACCGCUCCGUACACUCCGUUUCAGCAGUUCGGGCGUGAAAUCCCGUCGCAGAUGGAGGACCUGCCCGUGCCGAGCGGGCGGCUGUCGAUGAUGGAUGCGCUGGCGACUGCUCCCGAGCGUCCAUAUACACCGUUCAGUGAAGUUCGCUUCGACCGCAGCUCGGAAGUGUAUCAGGAGAUGGUACGAGAACAACCCUCGGUGCCGGUAGAUCCCGACCGUCAGUGUUCGGCUUUUGCGAACGUUGGUGGCAAUCGUACUCCGAAACCGUUCGUACCGAUCGUACCGGAAAUUCGUGAAGUUCCUCCAGAGGAACCGGCUAAAGAGGAGCGAAGCCCGGAGAAGGCGUCCGACUCUUCGCGUAGGAGUUCUACGGUGGCUGAAGAGACUCGUCGGCUUUCGAAAGUGAUCAGCACCGAAGAAACUCGCCGAAGCUCGCAAGCGGUGGCGCAAACGGUAGAGAGUCGUCGCAGCUCGACCGCGACGGUAGAAAGUCGUCGUACGGAAUCGGGCGGACAGGAUGGCCGUCGCGGUUCGGGAGGUAACGAUUCCGAGCCAACGCCACCGAAAACAGCCACCAAAGAAACUAUCCCACUGUACCCGGGCAGGGACACCCAUCCUCCGGAGCACUACUCUCUGGCACCCAGGCGCGAGACGAGUUCGCCGUUGAAUAAGCCGGCAGAAAUUCCACCGUAUCAGCGCAAAUGGUUCAACCUGCCAACGCAGAAUCCACCCCGUACUCCGGAACCCGAGGAACUGCGCACCAACGUUCCGCUGGCCUUUGUAAAUACACACUCGCACACUGCUAACCUUUCGAAGCCGAUUGCGAAGCCGCCGGCACCUGUAAAUAAGCCGCCAGCACCGUACACCACCAUUCAGAAUCGCACCAUCCCGGUCGUUCAGCCGCAGCCCCCAGAGCUGGACGCCGAGCUGGCGCAGUACAACAGUGCUCAUGCGCGUCUUCAACAUAAAGGUGUCAUCGAUCGUGGCCAGUCGUUCACGCCUUCGCUCAUCCUGACCAAGCAUGCGACCACCAUCCCGUACUAUCAGCACCAGCUCGGCUUUGAGGAGUACUUUGCCGAGGUGAAGGAGUUCGAUGGUCAUACGACGCCUCAGCCGAGUCGCACCAAGUCGCCGGCAUUUGGUCCUCCGCCGAACCCACUCAAGCCGCAUGUGCCUCCAUCUCGGGAGGGCAUUCCGGUAGAGUCGGGACUGUAUCUGUCCAUGGGUAAGCUGCACGGUGUACCGUGGUACGCGAACAAGGACCACGUGCCGGCUGACAUCCAGAAGAAGAUGCAGGAACAGCUGCAUCUGGAGGCAACGCAGCGCUAUGGUCGCAGUGUCCAGCAACAUCAUCAGGAGGUCACGCACCAACAGGUAACAACGAUGAGUAGCAGCGUGACGACUUCUGAGCAACAUCAGCAGCAGCAGCAGCAACAACAGCAACGAAUGUCCAGAGAGCAAGCAUCGGCUGAACGGGCGAUUCAAAGCGCCCAGCAGGUAGGCAAUGCGUUGAUCCAAAAGCGAACGCGCUUCGUAGAGGAGCAUGAAUCUAGUAGCCGCAGUCAAUCCGUGUCGCGUAACGCAAACAGCGAAUCCUCACGAUAUUCUUCCAAAAUCAAGGAAGACGAAGCACCCCAGAAGGGGUUCGUGGCUCAGCAGACGCGCCGCUUCUCGGGCCAGGACGAGGCCCUUAAUAUCCCGCCCCAGCCGACCGAGCAGGAGCAGAAGCAGCAACAGCAGCAGCAGCAGGAACAGGAGCAAGCUGCCCUUAUCCAGCAGCUGCAGGAAGAGCAGCAAAAGCGACAGAUGGCUGCCGCACAACCACCGGUCAAGAAAGCCGCACCACCACCACCAGCUCCAAUUCGUCACGUGGAGCCACCGAUACCGAAACCGGCUCCGCCACCGAGCCACUUCCCCGAGACCGAUCAUUUCGCCGAAGAGUUUGUUGAUCACUUCCCGACCAUCAGUGCGCGGAAGGCAAGCGUGCUGCUUCCGCAGAAACCGGCCAGUGGACGUUCGGAUUGCGCUAGCCCUAGCUCGUUCAAGGCACAGUUCAACGAGUUCAUGAUCGGUGCUGGUCCGAUGCCACCAUUGCCACCGAUGCGCGAAGAGGACGAUGGCGUACCGGCCGAUACGCGGAGCGACACGCAAAAGCUAAUCCAAUCGUGGCCACCGCAACUGCCGCCUCAGGCCACCGCGCCUGUGGCGGUGGCGACUAACACGAAUGCGCCCCCCGUCAACGGUGCGGCGCCGCCAACACCCGGCAGCAAGCCGUCCAGCCGCAGUAACAGCACGGCUUUCCUUGAAUUCCUUAACCGACCCACGUUCAAUCCGAAUACUGAUCGUUCCACUGUCGGUGUAGGUACGAACGCGUUCAGCAAGGGACGGGCGGCGUGCUCUACGUCGGUCCCCAACCGUGGACGGGGCGUGAUGAACAAGGCGGUCGGCCCGGGCGGUCGCGUACCACUGUGCGGAUGCUGUCAGCAGCAGAUCAGAGGACCGUUCAUCACCGCGCUGGGACGCAUCUGGUGUCCGGAUCAUUUCAUCUGCCACAACGCGAACUGCAAACGUCCGCUGGCUGAUAUCGGUUUCGUCGAGGAAAAGGGUGAUCUGUACUGCGAGUACUGCUUCGAGGAGUUUUUGGCCCCACUGUGCUCGAAAUGCAAUGGCAGAGUUAAGGGUGACUGUCUGAAUGCGAUCGGCAAGCAGUUCCAUCCGGAGUGCUUCAAGUGCACGUACUGUGGCAAGCAGUUCGGUAACAGCCCGUUCUUCCUGGAGGAGGGCGACCCCUACUGCGAGAAGGACUGGAACGAUCUGUUCACGACCAAGUGUUUCGCGUGCGGAUUCCCCGUGGAGGCCGGUGACAAGUGGGUGGAAGCGUUGAACAACAACUACCAUAGCCAGUGCUUCAACUGCACCAGCUGCAAAAAGAACCUCGAAGGACAGAGCUUUUUCGCGAAGGGUGGACGUCCGUUCUGCAAAAAUCACGCUCGCUAAUCGGUUGGA